CUUUAUUAAAAUCAGUUGUGAUAAAUUGUCCCUUUUACUGUAGAUCUUAAGCUCAACUUUAAACAUAUCACAGUCUUCUUCUUCUGUUCACAUGUCAAUUGAUCUGAUGGUUUUGUGUUGAAGUAGUACUAGUACAACCGAGAACCUUCUCCUCAGGUAAAUCUUUAACAUCAGUCUUUAACUUGUUACCUUCUCACUAAGAACUUAUUCACAAAAAAGUGUAAACGUUAGUCAGGUGCAUCAGUCAAGUCAAACGCCUUGAAUUUAAAGUUGUUUCCUUCUGGAGAGCGUUAGAUUGGAUGGCAUCUAGAAAUAUGCUCCAGAUUUAAAACUGUAAAUAAGGAGCUUGAAGAAGGAGCUUUCAGCCCACGAUCAGUCAAGUCACAUGAUUCUCUAUAGCUCAACGUCACAAAUAUCAAAUAUGCUUCAGAUGGUUUUACACUCUGUACAUCCUCUGUUCUUACACCCUUCAUGUGAGAAGGGAAAACUGAACUAUAAAUGAUUCACAGCGGGAAAACGAAGAAAUAUCAGGAAGAGGAACAGUGUAGGAUGAUACCUCUUUUAAUGCAGACGUUCAUUAGAUAUAAUAUAGACAGCGUAAACUAAAGAAGCAAGGGCAAAAUGAAUGGAUAUAACCAAUGUUGGGUUAGAAAGGGUACAGCGAUAUACUACUGCGUAAGAAAAGGUGAUUGUAGUAGUUUAAAGAGUUUCACACUAAGUGUAUACAAUGUUUGGAGUGAAGAGUGUGAACAUUGGUCAACAGUCAAUAAUUUACCUCUUGUCUUACUUCCUUCCUCAUUUUGUUCUCCCUCUCAUUUCUGUUUUGCAUUGACAAGCACCAGAAUCCAGCUUUGAGCUCAAGAGGCAUGAACUCAGUUUCCCCGUGCACAGCUCAGUACAUAGCUGGAGGGAUGCAGGAAGAGCUGGUGGAGAACCGCAGGCAGCAGCAGCAGCAGCAGCAGCCCAUGGAGCGACAGGGCAGCUUUGGUCUCAGGCCACCUCAGACUCCAGAUCCCGGCAGAGAGGCGGUCGGAGAGCCCAAUGAAAUUGACAAAUUAAAAGCCAAACUGAUGUCAGCAUGGAACAAUGUCAAAUAUGGUUGGACUGUAAAGUCUAAAACCUCCUUCAACAAGAUGUCCCCAUUCUCUGUCCUGGGACACUCCUAUCUGCUUAACAGUGAGGACGAGGUGGAGCGCUUUCGUUUGGCUUUUGUGUCCAGGGUCUGGCUCACGUACAGGCGGGAGUUCCCUCCGAUGGAGGGCUCCACCUGGACCACAGACUGUGGCUGGGGCUGCAUGCUGCGCAGCGGCCAGAUGCUGCUGGCACAGGGACUCCUGGUCCAUUUGAUGCCAAGAGAUUGGGCGUGGCCAGAUGCUCAGCAGCUGACCGAUGUGGACUUUGAGGUGUUCAGACCAAAUUCCCCAGCUCGGGCAGGUGGGGUCCCGAUCCCUUCUUUUGGGUCCCCACGAGGGUCCAACACCCCUGUGAAGUCCUUGCCAAGCGACCAGGUCCCUAAAUCCAGCCAGAAGAAGAGGCCAGAGUGUGCAAGGGACAGACAAGCAGAGACCGUCCACCACGGGUUGGUCACAUGGUUCGGAGAUCAGCCCCUUGCACCUUUUGGAGUUCACCAACUGGUAGAAAUUGGUAAAAGUUCAGGGAAGAAGGCUGGUGACUGGUAUGGCCCCUCGAUCGUGGCACACAUACUGCGGAAAGCAGUAGCCAAAACCUGUGUUGUCCAGAACCUGGCUUUAUAUGUGGCUCAGGACUGUACAGUGUACAAAGAAGAUGUGGCUUGUCUAUGUGAUCCGUCACUAAGCCAGACUCCUCCUGAUCCAUCAAGUGAAACCUGGAAGUCUGUCAUCAUCCUGGUGCCUGUUCGGCUGGGGGGGGAGGCCCUCAACCCGUCUUACAUAGAAUGUGUCAAGAACAUUCUAAAGUUGGAGUGUUGUAUUGGAAUCAUCGGAGGAAAACCGAAGCAUUCACUCUACUUCGUUGGCUUCCAAGAUGAGCAGCUGCUGUACCUGGACCCUCACUACUGCCAACCUGUGGUGGAUGUAACACAAAUCAACUUCUCACUGGAGUCCUUCCACUGCAGUUCUCCUAAGAAGAUGCCCUUCACCCGCAUGGAUCCCAGCUGCACCAUCGGCUUUUACGCCAAGAACAAGAAGGACUUUGAGUCUCUGUGUUCUGCUGUUAAUGUAGCCCUGUCGUCAACCCAGGAGAAGUACCCCAUCUUUACCUUCGUAGAGGGCCAGAGUCAGGACUACGGACUUGAGGGUCACAGCAGCAUUCACAGCGGACCUGCAGCCCUCAUCCUGCCCCCGGGCAAACUGGGCCAGAGUAACAACAGAAGACACAGUGACGAGUUUGUCUUCCUCUAAGACAGAGGAGGAUGCUCCCCCAGCUCUCACCUGCAGGGGGCAGGAGAGAAACAGUGGAUUCCUUUUCUAAAGGAAGGACUUGUGUGUUUCCUUUGCAGCUGCAAGGUGGACAUGAUGCUUUUUGUACUUCAUCACUCUCACUGGUGAACAGACUGUGUGGCUCCUGUCAUUACCUCUGUGUAGAUAGGUAUUAUAAGCUAGUGGGCUAUUAGAGUGGGGUCCAGACUGGAGCAUACAAUUACUGGAAAAAUAACAGUUUGAAGUACUUGAAAUAUUCUUGAUAACUUUAUCAGACACCUAAAAGAGAAAUCAAAUUCAUGCGCUUUAAAGUGCUCUACUCAGUCCCACUCCACUACUGUGUGUCCUGGUCUCAACUGGACAAACUGGAGGAGAUAUGUGGUCUACAAAAUAUUUAAUGAGCUCACAGGUCAGGUGAAGGGCUGUCUGAUGUUGUAUUAUAAACAUACUGCUGUACAUCUCCUUUCGAUUUCAUUUAUUUAUCAGGUUUCAGAGUGUGUGUUAGCCUGUGUGUGUGUGAGUCUGAGGGUUUCUGUAGUUCAUUUGUUUUGUCUGUAGUAAGUGUACUGGUGUAUUUAAGAGUCACGCUGCAACCCACAGAAGUUUCAGAUUCUUCCAAGAGCGUCUCGAACAGCGGUAAAUAAAUAAUGGUGUUGCAGACUGGCUCAUUAUCCCACAGUCAACCCAGGAGCCUCGAUCUCGUACGCUUCCAGCAUCUCUGUCUCCAGUGUUCAUCAUUAGGAUAAUGAAACAAGAUUGUGUUCCCAGUUGCUUGAAGAGUGACAUCUGCUCCCAGAUCUCCUCAGUCAUGUUUAAAUGUUAAAAUGUUAAAUUGUGGUUUUGGUACAUUUGUAAAGUAAAACCCAGAACAGCUCUGUUAUGAUGAACAGGUUCCGGGUUUUACUCGGUAGUGUCUGAACGCUGAGCAGGGAUUUUACCUGAAUCGUCAAGCUCCUGCUGCAAUGCCAUUUGUGUUUUGUUUGUCCCCUUUUUUACAUGAAGGCUACUACUGCAAGUUGCACUACUACUGUUGGCCUGUGUGCUGAUUAAACUUCAUACACUGGAAUUGCAUUUCACUUGUGUAGUUUUGUAUUUCAGAAGAGCUGCACUCUUCUUCUGAAACGAUCAUGAGUUCUUUAGAAUGUCAUUUCCUAAGAAUAAACAUUUGAAGCUAA